UCGGACGGCGGCGCAGCAGAGAUGCGGCGGAGCCGGCGGUCGCGGGUGUCCCGAGCGGGAGCGCCUCUGGCUUUGGCGGCGGCGGCCCUGCUGGUGGCGGCGACGGGGGCGCUGGGCUGGCUGUUGCUGUGGCAACGGGGCCUGCCGGACUCAGAGCUCGGCGAGGCCGGCGGAGUCGUGCUCCCCUCGCAGCAGCCUCCCGAGCUCGCCCGGCGGCUCCUCCGCAGGCCCGUGUACGACAAGCCUCCGCUGGGCAGGGAAGCGGAGCUGGGCGAGCUGGGCCGGCCCGUGCGCCUGGAGCUGAGCGCCGCCGAGCAGCGGCGCCAGGAGGAGAGCAUCCGGAGCCACCAGAUCAACAUCUACCUCAGCGACCGCAUCUCGCUGCACCGCCGCCUGCCGGAGCGCCGCCACCUCCAAUGCAGAGAAAAGAAGUAUGAUUAUUAUAACCUUCCAAAGACUUCUGUUAUAAUAGCUUUUUAUAAUGAGGCUUGGUCAACGCUUCUCAGAACAGUUCAUAGUGUUCUUGAGACUUCUCCUGACAUCCUUCUGGAAGAAGUAAUCCUUGUAGAUGAUUACAGUGAUAAAGAGCACUUAAAGGAGACUUUGGAAAACUAUGUGGCUAACCUGCGCAAGGUACGGCUUAUCCGGGCAAACAAGAGAGAAGGAUUGGUUCGAGCAAGACUGUUGGGAGCUUCUAUAGCAAAAGGGGAUGUUCUAACCUUUCUUGAUUGCCACUGUGAGUGCCAUGAAGAAUGGCUCGAACCAUUAUUAGAAAGAAUUAAAGAAGAGCCAUCAGCUGUUGUCUGCCCUGUGAUCGAUGUGAUUGACUGGAACACUUUUGAAUAUUUGGGGAAUCCUGGGGAGCCACAGAUUGGUGGGUUUGACUGGAGACUGGUCUUCACCUGGCAUGUUGUACCCGAGAGGGAGCAAAAACAGAGGAGAUCCAAGAUUGAUGUCAUCAGGUCUCCUACUAUGGCUGGUGGGCUCUUUGCAGUCAGUAAACAUUAUUUUAGCUACCUUGGCUCUUAUGACACAGGAAUGGAAGUCUGGGGAGGGGAAAACCUUGAAUUUUCAUUCCGGAUCUGGCAGUGUGGAGGAAGUCUUGAGAUCCAUCCUUGUUCUCAUGUGGGACAUGUUUUCCCAAAGCAAGCUCCCUACUCAAGGGCAAAGGCUUUGGCUAACUCUGUCCGUGCUGCAGAAGUGUGGAUGGAUGCAUACAAAGAGCUUUAUUACCACAGAAAUCCCCAUGCACGCAAGGAGCCUUAUGGAGAUGUGACAGAAAGAAGAUUUCUUCGAGAGCAGCUGAAAUGCAAGGAUUUCAAGUGGUACUUGGAUAAUAUUUACCCAGAACUCCAUGUGCCAGAGGACAGGCCUGGCUUUUUUGGGAUGCUGAAGAACAGAGGGAUGGCAAAUUAUUGUUUUGAUUAUAAUCCUCUUGAUGAGCAUGAUAUAACAGGACGUGUAGUCAUAUUAUAUCCUUGUCAUGGCAUGGGACAAAAUCAGUUUUUUGAAUACACCUCCCGCAAUGAAAUACGUUACAACACACGGCAACCUGAAGUCUGUGCAGCAGUUGAUCCAGGAUCUGAUUAUUUGAAAAUGUACUUGUGCCAAGAAGGUAUCCAGAACAUUCCUGAAAAUCAGAAAAUUUUAUUCAGAGAGGAUGGAACAUUACUCCAUGUGCAGACCCAGAAGUGCUUACAAGCAGAAUCUAAUGCUUAUGAUGGCAAUUCAGCACCUUUAUUACGGCCGUGUUCCAAUUCAGAAUACCAGAAAUGGUUUUUCGAAGAAAGGAGCUGAUGUGGAACUCCACUAUUUUGUGCAAGAAAAUAAUUGAAAUGGAAGAAAGAAAACCUUUAUUUUUUUAUGCAGAAGGGCUGCACUUUUCCUUUUCUACUUUCUACCUGGAAUACUAGCAGGCAUUGUAAUGUAUAUAUUAAAUUGGUACAGAUUUUCCUACAAAAGAAAUCCGUACCUAACUUGGCAGCUAUAAGACUUCUCCAAAAGUGUCCUAAUCUCACCCCUGCCCCUGCCAAAAGGCCAUGUAUUUAUAUAAACCUGUUACGGUAGGUAUGAUAAUGAAAUGCAAACAAUUGCACUAACAUUUGACAACAUAAAUAUUUAUUUUUUUUAGCAGUUGUGCCUCUCUAAGAGAUAUUAAAAUGGGCCAAAUUUUGCUGUGAAAUGUGUGAUUACAGGAGAUUUCACGUAGAUUUAUUUUCUGUGUACAUCUCACAUCUUAGGACUAAGUAGCAAACAUGGUAGCCUUCAGUUGAUGUUGGAUCUAGCUCCCAUCAGCCUUAGCCAGCAUGGCCAAUGGUCAGGGAUGAUGGGAGUUGUAGUCCAACAUUAUCUGGGGGCUACUCUAUUGGCUAUCCCUGCUUUAGGGCUAGUAAAAGGUAAAGGUAAAGGGACCCCUUGCGCAAAGCAAUCAUGCUGUGUCAUGGCAUACUAGGUUAAAAUUACUAAUCAUUUAGUGAUUGAAAUUAGCCUUUUAAAAUAAAGCACCCAUCGUAAGCUUUAUUUCGGCAAAAAAUGGUGAACUAGAUGUACUGGGGGCCUACUUCUGGCAUACAGAAAAAUUAGUGGAGGGGAAAUUUUUUUGCAGGAACAGAUUUACUAAGGGGGAAAGUAUGUGUUGCACUGCAGCCAUGUGUAGCAAAGCACUGACAGCCCCCAUCUAUGUGGCAAAGCACAUUCAGGUAGGGGCAGUUUGCAUCAGCUGAGGAAAGGCGAACAGUCAACCCUUUUCUUGCCGGGCACUGUUCCUCUGAAGCUUCCCCUUCAGAAUAUUCAGAACCUGCAUUUAUCUCACAAAUAGGUCUGGAGCCCUCUAGGUACAAAGGCAGCUGCAGGGUGGGAUGUUCCAGGAGGAGAGUUGCUGCAAAGGGAAGGGUUAAGCAUCUCAUUUCCUCAUGGCCUUUUUCUAAUGCCGAUCUCCACCUCUGGAAGGUGCUUUGCAAUGGAGAAGAUGUUGGGUUUGUUUCAUAUGUUUGUGAUGUAUUGGGUAGUUUGCCCCUGCUAAUUAAGGUAGCCAAGGAUAUCAUUCAGUUUUAAAGCUUUUAAAAUAACUUAAAACUUUUUCCGUACAUUCAAGUCAUACUCAGAAUAGACCCACGCAAAUCAGUGAACCUAAGUAAGUUAAAUAUUCCUAUUAAUGGGUUUGCUUUGAGUAUGACUUAGUUGAAUAUCACCCAGAGUCUUGGGUUUUAAAGAACCAACAAAACUACCUCAGACCACAAAUUUUGAACUGGGCUUUAAUCUUAUGGUACUUUUUAAUAUGAGAAUUUUCCUUUUGAAAAACAUGAUAGGAAAUGUCCCCAUGCUCUGCUAGCACAUAGCAGCCAACUUCAACAAAGCAAAUAUUGCAUUAUACCAGAGGGUACCAGUUUACUAAGAUAAAGUUAAGUAUACCAGAUUACGCAAUUGAUACUACGUUAAUACUAAAUUUCAGUAGCCAGCUUUCAUCACUGGUUCUCUACUACGGAGAAGAAAAACUAACUGUAGUGGUUGGUAUUUCAACACAAAGGGAUUUUUCUGCCUUGAGCCAUUCAUGUACCACAUUUUGUGUUACUGACUGCUCUACUUAGGGCAUAACCAAUCUUCAAGCCGUACAGUGUCAAAGUCCCACUUGCCCUGAUAACUCCACUUAUCUGCAUGACAGAUAAAAUGAGGUGUGAUAUCGGUGUGAGGAAUCCUGCACAGCAUCUAUACUUUCUUUCCCUCCAGAUAGUUCCUACACUUGCAGCUUCCUCACUUGAAAUAUUUCUCAACAGAGUAAGUGAAACUUACUUUGAGAGAGUGUGUGAGUGUGGAGGAUUGUAGCUUAAUCAGAAACAAUUCUUUGUCAGUGUUGAAUCACCAGUCUUGGAAUUUUUGAGGCAACAACAGUUGAUACAUUGCCAGUUUUCACAGAUCAAGCUUCAUCAUCUCAUACCUGUUUGUACUUCAGUUGAGGUUAAUCAACUUCAUCAGUGUCUCAUGAAGGAUGGCCCAAAGCAACGCCUGCCUGGAUUGUCUGUUAUUUCAUCAGGUAUACACUAUGCUCCCUGGGAAAUAUGCUUCAGGAGUACCAUUUUCCACCAUUAAUCUCUACCCCUGGUGUUUGCUGGGUAUAUCAGAGAAGAAGAAGAUAAAUAUAUGGGAAGCAGGAUAACAUGAAAGCAUAGGGGAGAUGACAUCUGAAGCAAUGCUGCAAACUUGAGAAGGGGGUGAAGCAGUAGCAUCUAGAUUCACUGAUGGUAUUUUUCUUGCAGCGCCAAAAUUGCAUGAUUUUUGUUACUUUUCAAAGUGGUCUAUAAUUCUGAUUCCUAUCAGACACUGUUGACAUGCAUCAUGUGCUAUGAAAUGACAUAGUUCUUGGAGGCUGCUUCUUCCUAAGUGCCUUAAAAAUUAAGCAGUCUUAUUCUGUUGGAGAUAUUGGGAGGUUUCUUCACCUUAUACUUUGAUUCUUGUUAUCACAUGGCUGUUGAAACUGUUUAAAAGUAUGAUAAAUGUUGUUUAGUAACUUUAUAAAUGAUAGUGAGACUGUUUUAUAAUGGUUAGAUAUCCACCUUUUUAUAGGAAUGUGAGCACAGGUGGGAGGUUUGUAUAAGACUGUAUAAAGUUCUGUGUUCAAUUAAUGUAGCGAGUACAAAAGCCAAUAAAAUAUUUGUUGAUUUGUCCUUCAA